UCGGGUGUUCCGCCAGUUUGGUUUGUUCCAGCCACACCCGCCGGAGUGGGAGGACACGGACAAGUUGCUACACGCGUUGGAUAGGAAAAAGCAGCGGAAGAUCAAGGAUUGGGCCAACCAUCAUAGGAAGUAUGUCGUGCAGUUCGCUCUUAGUGUGGAGCAAGCAAGGGCUGGAAAACGAGCCCAGCUUCGUGAGCACUGCCCGAUCGCGUUCAACAACUAUCUCACAUGGUUUCUUGCAAGUACCCGCGUGGAGGUAUGCCAGCCGGCGUAUGCUGAGGAGAUUCUGGAAGAACCCACCGUUUUUUAUGAGGUAGCCCAGCACCAGUACAACGCAUUAGUCAGGAAAGGCAACUCAGUGAUCCCUUCAGCUCCAAUGAUGAACUUUGUGCGUGCCCAGAUCAAGAAAGCAGCUGAUGAGACCGAGACUAUUCUGGAAACAACCCCGGCUAGCAAAAGCGACGGGGAAGGUGCACUUCGAGCAUUCAUUAAGGUUCACAUCUCCUUCAAACUAGCACUUAACAUUUGUUGCUACGUUCCAUGUCUCAUUCAAUUGUACAUGUUGCAGCGCCAGGGCCAAAAGUUAAGGCGGCUAUCAAACCUUUUCGGUUGUCGUGACCCCGAGUAUGUAUCACUAGAACGGUCUAGGUCGGCGACACCAUCAGAUCUCGCUUCGGGGCAGGGCCAUGGUGAACCUUUGGAGGAUGAGGAUGUGGGUGUGGUCACCCAAGAGGUAUGGCAUGACGAUAUAUAUCCAUUUGUUGAUGCAUUGCUAACUAUAUCCUCACACACGGUCUUUCCAUAUCUUCUGUUGAUGCAUAGGUUGCUGAUGAUAUGA